AACUACCUGACCGAUUUCACCACACACUUUUGUGUAUUAUCAGAACACAACAACAGAGCAGCUCUUUUCUGUGCCACUAACCAAGACAGUUGUGUGUCCUCUCAGGGUGCAGCGAUUGGGAUCCUGAUCAACUGGAACUGCAAUCUGGACACUGGUUCGUCCCAGUGCCAUCCCAAAUACAGCUUCACCCGUCUGGACACCUCCAUCAGCUCUGUCACUUCAGGCUACAAUUUCAGAUAUGCCCGCUAUUACAAGAAUGCUGCUGAACAGUCCUACAGGACUUUAUAUAAGGUGUAUGGAAUUCGUUUCGACAUCAUGGUUCAUGGAAAGGCAGGGAAGUUCAGUAUCAUCCCCACCUUAAUUAACAUUGGAUCAGGACUUGCUCUACUGGGUGCUGGGAGUUUCCUCUGUGACUUGGUUUUGCUUUACAUCAUGAAAAACAGAGCAUACUACAAAGAAAGAAAGUUUGAGUCUAUAAAGCCUGACCCCUCCAGGAAUGAUACCAGUACACGAGAUGAAGCUCAGGAGGAAGAUUCACGUGAGCUGCAACAACUCACUAGUCUGAAACUACAGGCAAACUCCUCAAAGGAUGCGGAGGCUUCAGCCUGAUUAACAGUCGUCAAUGCAACAUGGCUGCUUGACGCUUUUCAAGGAUUUUGUAUUUCAGCUGCAAUGUGAUACUGUGGUGGAAAACAUGGGAAUGAAAACUCAAUAAUCUGUAUAUGAAGAAAAUCAACAAUUAUGGAAGGGACAAGGAAGAUUUAGUGGAGUAAAAUCAGUAUUGUGUGAUUUAGUGUGACAAGUAAAAUCAGUAUGAUAGGUGAAAAUUCACCCUAGUUACCUCAGGACUCCGGAGCUGCAUAUAAGUAUAUUUAUUAGACAAACAACA